GAUCAGCGGGGAUGAUGCCUGGAUGACAGAGCCUAUUAUGCAGCGGAAGGACGCUUCUGGAAAAAAGGUGCGCAUUUUCUUUGCGCUAUUUGCGGCAUGAAGCGUGAGAGUGCGUCAGAGCUGCUGAAAAAUGCCGAUGUUGUUGCAGUAGCGGGUAUUAGCUGUUAGCAGAGGCCGAACAGUGUAGCCUUGACCGGGGAGGAGCACAGCUGUUCAGCCCGUAGGAGAAGCACGGAGCCCGGACACAGGAUGAGAAGCAGGCCCUGAAAUUGAAAAGACGACAUCCGCUGCAGAUAUGGCCUCCCAAGUACAGGUCUUCUCCUCUCCAUCUGUCUCUUCCAGCGCCUACUCCCGCUCUAAAAGGCUAAAAGUUGAAAACCCCUCUUGGGACGCAGUGUCUAACAACCAACUAGACAACAACAACUACUACCAACAGCAAAGCCCAGCGCAGGGAAUCGCACCUUCAACCUCGGGCUCCUCCUUCAAUGCUAACCACAUCUACAACUCCAAUGCUCCAACUAGACAACCAGAGCAGACUGUUGUUCGGGCCGCGGACAGCACCGGGAGCUUGCGUGGGCCUCCAUCUUGCUCCUCCUCUUCCUCAACUUCGAGUCGACGGGUUAAAGAUGCGGAAUCAACCUCGCAACUCUACCACAAGCAGUACAGUCUUAAACGAAAGAGCGAGGAGGUGGAUAGCAGUGAUAGUGUACAAAUAUUAGAGGAACUUUCAGCACCUGUCGUUUCUAACCGGACCGCAGGAGGAGGGGGGACCACCACAGCACAGUCCAUAGCACAUUCAACGUCUACCACUAAAAGUAGCACAUCUCACAGUGAAGGGGACUAUCAGCUGGUCCAACAUGAGAUCCUGUGCUCCAUGUCCAAUAGUUAUGAGGUAUUGGAGUUUCUGGGCAGGGGGACAUUUGGGCAGGUGGCGAAAUGCUGGAAACGAGGGACCAAUGAAAUAGUGGCCAUUAAAAUCCUGAAGAACCAUCCGUCGUACGCGCGCCAAGGGCAAAUAGAGGUGAGCAUCCUGAGCCGCCUGAGCACAGAGAACGCAGAUGAGUUCAACUUUGUGCGCUCCUACGAGUGUUUCCAGCACAAGAACCACACGUGUCUGGUGUUUGAGAUGCUUGAACAGAAUCUCUAUGACUUUCUCAAGCACAGCAAGUUCAGCCCUCUCAUGCUCAAGUGCAUUAGACCCAUCCUCCAGCAGGUGGCGACAGCACUGAUGAAGCUGAAGAGCCUUGGGUUGAUUCAUGCUGACCUGAAGCCAGAGAACAUCAUGUUGGUGGACCCUCUGAGGCAGCCCUACAGGGUAAAGGUCAUCGACUUUGGAUCGGCCAGCCACGUGUCCAAGGCUGUGUGCUCCACCUACCUGCAGUCGCGGUACUACAGAGCUCCAGAGAUCAUCCUGGGCCUUCCCUUCUGUGAGGCCAUCGACAUGUGGUCUUUGGGCUGUGUCAUUGCCGAGCUGUUUCUGGGCUGGCCUCUGUAUCCUGGAGCCUCCGAGUAUGACCAGAUCCGGUACAUCUCUCAGACACAGGGUCUUCCUGCAGAGUACCUCCUGAGUGCAGGCACCAAAACCAGCCGCUUCUUCAACAGAGGCCCCGACUCCAGCUACCCCCUGUGGAGACUCAAGACGCCGUCAGAGCAUGAAGCAGAGAUGGGGAUUAAAUCAAAGGAGGCGAGGAAAUACAUCUUUAACUGUCUGGAUGAUAUGAUGCAGGUAAACAUGACUAACUUGGAGGGCACAGACAUCUUGGCAGAAAAAGCCGAUCGCAGAGAGUUCAUUGACCUCUUGAAGAAGAUGUUGACUCUGGACGCAGAUAAACGCAUCACCCCCAUGAAAACCCUCAACCACCCCUUUGUCACCAUGACCCACCUGCUGCACUUUCCGCACAGCUCACAUGUAAAGUCGUGCUUUCAGAACAUGGACAUCUGUAAACGUCGCUGCAGCGCGUUUGAAAAUGGGAAGAACAUGUUCAGUAACAACACUCCAAGUGCAGCCACCAACCUCACAGUGACCUUCAGCAGCCAGCUCAACCAACACAACCAGAUGGCUGCGACAGGAGGCCAGUCCCUGUCCCUGAGCAGUAAUGUGCCGUUACUGAACUAUCAGCCUGGACUUUACCAACAGGCCACGAUUAACAUCCCAGGGCUGACCCAGCAGAGCGUCCCACUGCAGACACGCUCCAGCCAGCUCUGCCCCCAGACAGAGCCCUUCCAGCAGACACUCAUCGUGUGCCCUCCCACCAUUCAAGGCCUUCAAACCUCCAGUAAACCCUCUGGAUACCCUGUGAGAAUGGACAACUCUGUUCCUCUAGUUCCUCAGAAUCAGUCGUCUCAGCCUCUGCACAUUCAGCCUGGCAUGUUAGCACAGCAGGGGUGGCCCACAGGGGCUCAGCAGAUCCUGAUCCCCUCCACGUGGCAGCAGAUGCCUGGGAUGACCCUCCAUAAUCCUGGACAGGCCGUGGUCCCAGACUCACCCAUGGGUGCUCCACUGUCCGACACACAGCACAGUGCAGGGUGGAGGGGUCGUCACGGCAGCCAGUGUGAUGGAGCCAAUCAGGAGUCCAGUCGCCACAACACUGGCCCUGCCCACUCCAGGUCCCAGCCGAAGAGAGGGAAGGGUCGCCAUGAGAACAGAACCAGAGCGGUGGUGGUCCACAGUACUGCAGCGGGGGACCAGUCUCAGCCCAUCGUGAUCUCUGACACACCCAGUCCAGCCGUCAGCAUCAUUACCAUCCACAGUGACUCAGAGGACGAAGAGGACAAGAAGCAGCCGCCUGCCUGUUCUGGCACAAGCCAAAGGACCAAUGUGAUCAGCUGUGUGACCGUCCACGACUCCCAUGACUCGGACUCCUCCCUGAGCAGCCCCCUGAGCCCAAAGAGCUCCACACAGACGGCUAAAUCUACUGCUGUGAUCAUGCCCAGCGUGAGGAGCCAGGGAGCGCCAGAGGGGGCAGCAGCACACAGGGCACAGGACAGAUCCCAGGACAGAGCCCAGGACAGAGCCCAGGACAGAGCACAGGACAGAGCACCGGCCAACCAGGUGUGUUGUAUUCAAACUACAGAACCAGCCCAAAGUGGAAAAUCUAAGAAAUCCUCUCAGCCCAGUCAGAGCGGAGACUCCUCUGAGAGACAUCAGCGCAACGCCUCCAGUAGAUCCCAACCGCUCAACCUCAGUCAGGUGCAGCAGUCAGUCUUGUCCUCCACUCAUGACCAAACAGGAAGUGCUUCACUCAAACGCCAACCCACGUACCCUCCUGCCGUCUCCCCUCACGCCUCGUACCGUCUCCACGAAAACACCGCCCUCUUUAGCUCCGCCCCCAACCUGUACGCCUACCCCGCCUCUGCGGCUCUGGCCUCCGUGUCCCAGGCCGUGGACCAGAUGCAGGGGAGGCAGAGCGGCACCUACCCCUCUCUGGCUCUGCUCCAGAAGAACCCCCAGUACCACCAUACCCACAACCACCACCAGGCCCAGCACCAACAAGCACAUGCCCACCACCCACACCACCUUGCUGGGCAGCCUUUCCACCGCUCCAGUGCCCCCUACCAGAGAAAACUCAACCCGUACCCCUACCUGUGAGGACUGGGCUGUGUAUGAGACCAAAAGGGAGAGAGACUAGAGAGGAGCACAAGUUCAUAAGAGCGGGUUUGACUUGAAUUUAUCCAGCUUUCUUUGUCUGAGCUCCAAACCACUGGAUGUGUCACCUGCAGCUGUGUCACGAGUAUAUAGUGACCACCUGUGCCUCUUUUAGCUGUCCAAACCCUUAGUACUUCAGGAUUACUCAGAUUUGUCAUGGUAAUCCCAACAUAAGUUAAAAUGACUAAAAUGAUACUUGAUUCAAACUACAUUUAAAGAUGCACUAGGUAACUUUUCUGGUGACCCCGUCAUCCACUGCACUUUCUUGUCUCCAUGGAGAUGCAGUUGUUUUGCUUGGAAUGUUCCACAGUAUGGCACUAAACCUGUCUGUUUUGCAUUUAGUCCUCUACGUUUUGUUUUUUGUUUUCUUGUUCUCUAUGUAUUCUCACUGUGAGCGUGCUCGCCUCUCCACAGACCUGACAUGUAACUUGGCUUCCUAUUUGUCUCCAUGGAGAUAGAUACCUUCA